AUGCUGAGAUGCAUAGCAGCCUUUUUUGAUCCACUGGGAUUGGUUGAUCCGUUCAGAAUUAGAGUCUGGAUCCUCUUUCAAAGGACAUGGAUCCGAAAGGAAGAUUGGGACAGCCCCCUGGAAGAAGACUUAGCCCUGGAGUGGUCGUUGUGGAAGAAAGAGUUGCCACAUUUGGAUAACAUCCGAGUGAGCAGACAUCUUGGUAUGAACACAAGUUAUCAAACUGAACUUCAUGUGUUCAGCGAUGCCUCAAAGGAUGCCUUUUCUGCUGUCGUGUAUGCCAGGACCCUGAUGACGGACGGGAGGAUACUGGUGAGACUGGUGAUUGCCAAGACGAGACUGUCGCCACUGAAAGCCAUCUCCAUUGCCAGACUGGAGCUAUGUGGGGCAGUCAUUGGUACAAGAUUGGUGAAGAAGGUUAUCAAACCAUUGGAGAGCGGUCGAGGAGCCAAGCAACUGAUGGUGACAUAUUGGACAGAUUCCAUGAACGUCCUGUUUUGGAUUUGUCGACCAGGAAAACAGUUUAAGCCCUAUGUAGCCAACCGAGUAGGAGAGAUACAGGAAAGGACCAGUACUGACCAAUGGAGACAUAUACCAACCAAACUAAACCCAGCAGACAUAUCAUCUAGAGGUAUGGCAGUGGAGGAAUUGGCUAGAUCACAACUCUGGUGGGAGGGUCCAAGUUUCCUGAAGGAGUCCGAGAGCAACUGGCCAGAGAAAAAGAUAGCUGUACCAGAUGAAACCACCGAUAUUGAGAAAACCUCAACAUUUGCAGUACAGGAAGCCCAACCAGAACAAAAUGAGACAAUGAUGUUCCCCCUACAUCCCAGUAGAUGGAGUGACAUGGGAAGACUAACAAGGAGAAUAGGAUUCGUGCGACGUAUCAUGAUGUGGCUGCUAAAGCGACCCUUACCCCCGGGAGCCAAGACCUGGAUAGAUGAGUUGUCCCCCGAAGACUACAGGCAGGCUGAGGAUUGCCUUUCACGCCAAGCCCAAAAAGAUGUAUUUGGCAGAGAGCUCAAAGAUUUGAUGGCAGGAAAAAGUUUACAGAAGACAAGCCACCUGAUACCCCUGUCACCAUACCUUGAUAAAGAGAGGAGACUUCUUCGCAUCAAGUCCCGUCUUGAAAGAAUAGACUACAUCUCAGAAGAAGAGAAAUACCCCAUCAUCAUGCCAAGAAAGCAUCCAGUUUCGCAGUUGCUUGUCAAGAGAGCACAUGAUGCUGUGGGACACCCCGUAGGAAGAGAUGCUACCAUGGUCGAGUUGAGGAGGAAGUAUUGGGUGAUAUGCACUAGAGAAGCUGUCCACUCCUGGGAAAUGAUAUGCAGUCGAUGUGUAUUGAAGAAAUCAAAACCAGCUUGUCAACAGAUGGCCCCCAUUCCUCAAUUUAGAUUCAGCCAACCAACCAGAGCCUUUGGAAAGUGUGGAAUGGACUUCGCGGGUCCAUUUCUAACCAAGCAGGGUCGAGGAAAAAUCAGAAACAAAAGAUACUUGGCUGUUUUCACUUGUCUACAGACUAGAGCUGUUCAUCUAGAACCUGUUUACCAGAUGGAUACUGACAGUUUCCUAAUGGCUUUCGCCAGAAUGACCAGCCGGCGAUCCGUCCCAGAGGAGGUGUUGACAGAUAACGGAAGUAACUUUGUCGCUGGAGAGAGGGAGCUCAGAGAGUUAGUGAAUGCCAUCGAUUGGACCAAGGUGCAACAGAAGACGGUGGGCUACCAAAAUACCAGAGGCGUUACAUGGCACUUCAACCCCCCAGGAUCUCCACACUUCGGGGGCGUCUUUGAGAUUAUGGUAAAAGCAGCAAAGCGGGCCCUCAAGAUAUCCAUUGGUAAUGCUGACAUCAACGACGAGGAGUUCCAUACAUUUGUGGUGGAUGCCGAGGGACUCCUGAACUCAAGGCCAUUGACUCCUCCCAGCUCUGAUCCCGAGGACCAGUUACCACUAACGCCAAACCACUUCCUGCAUGGUCAGCUGGGUGGACAACUGGCUCCUCCGUCGACUGAUGAACUACGAUUCAACCCUAGAAGAAGAUGGCGAAGAAUACAGGACAUACUGAAACAGUUUUGGCAGCGAUGGCAACGAGAACUGUUACCCCAGCUGCACAACCGUAAGAGGUGGCUGUUUCCAAGGCACAAUCUCAAACCUGAUGAUAUCCUACUGGUGAUUGAGGAAAGAUUACCUAGAGGACAAUGGAAGAUGGGUCGAGUCCUGGAAGUCUACCCCGGUGAAGAUGGAUUGGUGCGAACGGCCAAGGUGAAGACGUCAAAUGGGGAAUAUGUCCGGCCCGUGAAUCGUCUCUGCCCAGUCGAGUUUCCAGAGAUGACAACUUCCGUCUGGUAA